GAAGCAGCUUCCUCACAGCGGAAGGAGACGACGGAGCCCCUGCAGGACAAUGUGAGAUACCGAGAGUGGAUUCAGCCCAGCUAGCGAGACUCCGACCAGUCAUGAUGAAAGUUGGAAUAUUUUAGCUCGCAUCUGUGUUUAUUUCGCAACACUGGUGACGUCGGGAUUCAGUAUAUAGGUCCGAGGAAGCGGCGCCUGCAAUGGGAAGUCCGCGCUGAGGAGAAGCGGCGGCAGGGCCGAGAAACGGGAGAAAGAUGGGUGUCGUGCUACGGACUCUGUUGUUGUGUAGUUUUUGCUCGCUCAUAACAGGCGAACCCUUGCUGCUCUACGCAAACCGACGGGACCUGCGGCUAGUAGAUGCAGCGCAUGAGAAGGCCAACGCAACAGUGGUGGUAGGAGGGCUAGAGGAUGCAGCCGCCGUGGACUAUGUCUACUCUCAGGGCCUAAUUUACUGGAGCGACGUGAGCGAAGAGGCCAUCAAAAGGACAGUCUUCAACCAGUCUGGAGCUAGUGUGGUGCAGACUGUUGUACCGGGGUUGGCGUCACCUGAUGGAUUAGCAUGUGAUUGGUUAGGGAGUAAAUUGUACUGGACGGACUCAGAAACCAAUCGGAUCGAGGUGUCAGAACUCGAUGGAUCUUUGAGAAAAGUCUUGUUCUGGCAAGAGCUGGACCAACCCAGAGCGAUUGCCCUGUAUCCAGGUUUGGGGUUCAUGUACUGGACAGACUGGGGUGAAGUUCCAAAGAUCGAGCGUGCUGGAAUGGAUGGCACCAAUCGCUCAAUGAUUAUUGACAAAGAUAUCUACUGGCCCAACGGCCUGACACUGGACUACAGCCAGCAGAAACUGUACUGGGCAGAUGCCAAGCACAACUUCAUCCAGCGAGCAAACUUAGACGGGUCCUCCAGGGAGGUGGUGAUAAAGGGAGAGCUUCCUCACCCCUUUGCUCUCACCCUCUAUGAUGACACGCUGUUCUGGACCGAUUGGAACACCCACUCAAUUCACUCCUGCAGGAAACAGACAGGAGGCGAGCAGCGGGUUGUCCAUUCGGACAUCUUUUCCCCAAUGGACAUCCAUGUCUUCAAUGCCAAAAGACAACCUGCGCUGUCAACACCAUGCUCUUUGAAAAACGGAGGCUGUUCCCACCUCUGCCUGCUCUCCCCAACAAAGCCUUUCUACCGGUGUGCCUGCCCCACUGGUGUCCAACUUCUACAGGAUGGCAAGACAUGUCGAGACGGUGCAACACAGAUGCUGCUUUUGGCCCGACGAACGGACCUGCGUCGCAUCUCUCUGGAUACUCCUGAUUUUACCGACAUCAUCCUACAGGUGGAUGAUAUCCGGCACGCCAUCGCCAUAGACUACGACCCAGUGGAUGGUUACAUCUACUGGACAGAUGAUGACGUUAAAGCCAUCCGCCGGGCACUUCCAGAUGGCAGCGACGCCCAGUUCAUAGUUACGUCACAGGUGAACCACCCAGAUGGUAUUGCUGUGGAUUGGAUUGCUCGGAACCUCUAUUGGACAGACACCGGGACAGACCGCAUCGAGGUGACAAGACUCAAUGGGACCAUGCGCAAGAUUCUAAUCUCAGAAGAUCUGGAUGAACCGAGAGCCAUUGUUCUAGACCCCGUUGCUGGAUACAUGUACUGGACAGACUGGGGUGAGGUGCCAAAGAUUGAGCGAGCUGACCUGGAUGGAAUGGAGCGAGUGGUGAUGGUCAACACUACACUUGGGUGGCCAAACGGUCUUGCCCUUGACUACGAAGAGCGCAAAAUCUACUGGGGGGAUGCCAAAACUGACGUCAUUGAGGUGAUGAACAUGGAUGGAUCCGGUCGACGAGUGCUGGUAGAGGAUAAACUCCCGCAUAUCUUUGGCUUCACUCUACUGGGGGACUACAUUUACUGGACUGACUGGCAGCGACGUAGCAUUGAGCGUGUCCACAAACGCACUGCUGAGAGGGAAUACAUCAUCGACCAACUGCCUGACUUGAUGGGGCUGAAGGCCACAUACGUCCAUAAAUCCUUUGGUACUAAUCCUUGUGCAGAAAACAAUGGUGGCUGCAGCCACUUGUGCCUCUACAAGCCUGUGGGUGUCCAGUGCGGCUGCCCCAUUGGCCUGGAGCUCAUCGCUGACAUGAGGACCUGUAUCGUUCCCGAAGCCUUUCUGCUCUUCUCCCGUCACACAGACAUCCGCCGCAUAUCCCUGGAGACCAAUAACAACAAUGUGGCCAUCCCCCUCACUGGGGUCAAGGAAGCUUCAGCUCUUGACUUCGAUGUCACUGAUAACCGUAUCUAUUGGACGGACAUCACACUGAAGACAAUCAGCCGAGCCUUCAUGAAUGGUAGUGCUCUUGAACAUGUGGUGGAGUUUGGUCUGGACUAUCCGGAGGGCAUGGCUGUUGACUGGCUGGGAAAGAACUUGUACUGGGCAGAUACCGGCACCAACCGCAUUGAGGUGGCCAAGCUAGAUGGGCAGCACCGCCAGGUCUUGGUCUGGAAGGACCUGGACAGUCCAAGAGCUCUAGCUCUGGAUCCUGCUGAAGGAUAUAUGUACUGGACCGAAUGGGGUGGGAAGCCAAAGAUCGACAGAGCGGCAAUGGAUGGAACGGGUCGAAUCACUUUGGUGGCAGAUGUGGGCCGAGCCAAUGGACUUACUAUCGACUAUGCAGAGCGCCGACUAUACUGGACCGACCUGGACACAACUCUCAUAGAGUCUUCAAAUAUGCUUGGUCAAGACCGUGAAGUGAUAGCAGACGACCUCCCUCACCCUUUUGGCCUCACACAAUACCAAGAUUACAUCUACUGGACAGAUUGGAGCCAGCGAAGUAUCGAGCGAGCCAAUAAAACCAGUGGACAGAACCGCACUGUCAUCCAGGGUCACCUAGACUAUGUCAUGGACAUCCUGGUGUUCCACUCCUCCAGACAAGGUGGCUGGAAUGCCUGUGCCUCCACCAACGGACACUGCUCACACCUGUGCCUCGCUGUUCCGGUGAGCAGCUUCGUAUGUGGCUGCCCGGCACAUUUCUCGUUGAACUACGACAACAAAACCUGCAGUGCGCCCACAUCAUUCCUUCUGUUCAGCCAGAAAACUGCCAUCAAUCGCAUGGUGAUUGACGAGCAGCAGAGUCCAGACAUUAUCCUGCCCAUUCACAGUCUGAGAAAUGUCCGGGCUAUCGACUAUGACCCACUGGACAAGCAGCUGUACUGGAUCGACUCCAAGCAGAACGUCAUUCGGAGAGCUCAAGAGGAUGGAAACCAGAGUAUGACUGUAGUGUCGAGCUCAUUGGGUGGGCCAAGCCCGGGUCUGCAGCUCUACGACCUGAGCAUUGACAUCUACAGCCGCUUCAUCUACUGGACCAGUGAGGUCACCAAUGUCAUUAAUGUGACUCGGACUGACGGCAGCCGUGUGGGUGUGGUUCUGCGAGGAGAGCAUGACAAGCCUAGAGCCAUUGUGGUCAACCCAGAGAGAGGGUACAUGUACUUCACCAACCUGCUGGAGCGUUCGCCGAAGAUCGAGCGGGCGGCUCUGGACGGAACAGAGCGAGAGGUUUUGUUCUUCAGUGGUCUGGGAAAGCCGGUCGCUCUAGCCAUAGACAACGAGGUGGGGAAACUAUUCUGGGCCGACUCAGACCUGCGGCGCAUAGAAAGCAGCGAUCUCUCUGGAGCCAAUCGUAUUGUGAUCGCCGACAACAACAUCCUCCAGCCAGUUGGCUUGACGGUGUUUGGAAACCACCUGUACUGGAUCGAUCGGCAGCAGCAGAUGAUUGAGCGCAUUGACAAAACCACGCGGGAAGGUCGCACAAAGAUCCAGGCCCGUAUCGCCUACUUGAGUGAUAUCCAUGCGGUUCAUGAGCUGGACAUGAGGGAGUACAGUAAACACCCGUGUACAUGGGACAACGGUGGGUGCUCCCACAUCUGCAUAGUCAAAGGAGACGGAACGACCCGAUGCUCCUGUCCUGUUCACUUGGUGCUGCUGCAGAAUGAACUGUCUUGUGGAGAGCCUCCAACCUGUUCGCCAGAGCAAUUCUCCUGUACCUCCGGUGAGGUGGACUGCAUUCCUCAGGCCUGGCGUUGCGACGGUUACAUUGAGUGCGACGACGGCAGUGACGAGGAAGACUGUCCGGUGUGCUCUGAGUCGGAAUUUCAGUGUGACAGCAGGAAGUGCAUUGACCUAAGCCUGACGUGUAACGGAGAAGUCAACUGCCAGGACCGGUCCGAUGAGAGCGAUGAGAUGUGUAAACCUCGCUGUCCCCCUGAUCAGUUCACCUGCUCCAACGGACAGUGCAUUGGGAAGCAUAAGAAGUGUGACCACAAUAUGGACUGUAAUGACAAUUCUGAUGAGAUCGGCUGUUACCCAACUGAGGAGCCACCACCUCCCAACACCACCAUAGGAUCCAUCGUGGGCGUGGUCAUGUUGCUCUUUGUUGUGGGCGCAGUGUACUUCGUGUGUCAGCGCGUCCUCUGUCCGCAAAUGAAGGAUGACGGGGAGACGGUGACAAAUGAUUUUGUGGUCCAUGGGUCAUCUUCAGUGCCGCUAGGUUACGUUCCACACCCAAGCUCGCUGUCCAGCUCCCUGCCCGGUAUGUCCAGGGGGAAGUCUGUGAUUGGCUCCCUAAGUAUUAUGGGAGGCAGCAGUGGACCACCGUAUGAUCGCGCACAUGUCACCGGAGCCUCUUCCAGCAGUUCUUCCAGCACCAAAGGCACAUACUUCCCUCCUAUCCUCAAUCCACCUCCCUCACCUGCAACAGUCCGCUCCCAGUAUACUGUGGAAUUUGGCUAUUCAUCCAACAGUCCUUCAACCCACAGAUCCUACAGCUAUCGUCCCUACACCUACCGCCACUUCGCCCCGCCCACCACCCCGUGCAGCACUGACGUGUGCGACAGCGACUACACGCCAGGACGCCGGGUGCCACUUAAGUCCAGCGCCAUUGCCGCCACAAAGGGCUACACCAGCGACCUCAACUACGACUCGGAGCCUUUCCCCCCGCCGCCAACACCCCGCAGCCAGUACCUGUCGGCGGAGGAGAACUGUGAGAGCUGCCCACCGUCGCCUUACACCGAACGCAGCUACUCCCACCACCUCUAUCCACCGCCGCCGUCCCCAUGCACGGACUCCUCGUGAGCCAAGUCCACCACAACCCUAACUCCGCCCCCUCAGUGUAAAUAGCAAUUGUUCAUAUAUUGAGGUUAAAAAUGGGAACGAAAGACUGACAGAACGAGCUGCACAGCAUUUGUACAUUGAAAAAAAAAGAGAAAAAGCAUAUUUAUAUAUUUUCUAUACAGUGUUUACUGAGGAUGCCAUAGAGGUUUGUAUAAGAAAUUUGUACAUUUUUUAAGAAAAGGUUUUAUUAAAAUCAUCACAAAUAUAAGUUGCCUUAAACCCGGAGACAAAGAGGCUGAAGGACACAAAAAAAAGCAGGUCAGCGGACGUUUCACCCAUCUGAUGCCAAAUAUGAAACGCAAGAGCUUGCGGCUGGCAGAGCAUGAGCGCCCCCCAGAGGCCAUGUUGUUAACCUGAUCGGCGGCGGUGGUGGAAAAUGGCUGUUGUAGUGUAGGGUCUUUAAGUUCACGACUCGUAAUUCAUGAAGUGUAAGAUGUUCUGCCGAGGACUUGAGUCUUGUUGAAUUUCUGAGGCUGCUGCUCUCCCACUGAUGUCGGCAUACACCUCUCGUUCUGCAGUCUCUGCUGCUGCUGCCUUUAACCCCAAAACGGACACGUCCCCUGUGUUGACUCCAGCUUCCCAAGUGCAUUAGUACGAUGCCCGCUCAUUUUUAGCAGUCCAACAAUGGUCUUCAUGACAGUGCUGACAUGAGGUUUGUGCAAACCCUUCCGAACAAAUCCACCUAGUACUUAGUACGUCUUCCUGCUGCCCAUUGCCCUAAAUUCAACCGGACUCAGCUCGGCGAAGCAUCGCUGUUGUUGUGGGCUGAAACCAAAAUGUUUGUUGAACGAGCCGACAGAGAAGGUGAACGCCCCAAAGCUCUACACGUAGUUUUCCGCCAGCAAGACUCUGGUAAAGGAAGCAGGAACCUUGUGCCUGACCAGCUCCACGUCUUCUUCUCAUUCUGUUUGGACUUCGUAGGAGACGAACAGAAGAACCGAGUGCCCACUAAAACGCUCUAUAGUAUUUUUGUACCACAUGUUGUGUAGAUUCGUAUUUAUAAGCUAUUUAGAGAAUCAUUGUAAAUUUCUCAUUGAACUCUCCGACUUUUCAUUCCGUCUUUUUUUAUAUUUGCAUCAAUCUAUUUUUCUACCGAAAUAUCAGCGACAAUCUGCGAUGAGUCUUCAGUGUCUGUUCAAUGUGGAGCUGAUGUUGGAAACGACUGUUGUGCCAAAUGAGUUUUUAUCACUGUGGAGGCUAGUGAGGCCAGAGGUCAAACACUCAGCAGGCUGGUUUUGUGAACACUUCUCAAUCAGAAACACUUUUGUCAGGAAAUAUCAAAACUUGUUGAUGUUGAGCUCAUGAGACUAACACCAGCGUGAAUCUGACAAUCGUAGCGUUCUGCUCAUUGUUAAAAAAACAAAACAAAAAAAAAAUAACAUUAACUUACAGAUUUGUUUGCUACAAAUCAAAUGAGUUUCUUGAUUUGCAAGACACAAACCCAUAUCUGCAAGGAAGUGAGCGUGCAGUGAAUCUCGCUGUCCACCUUGUAUAUCAGUGGCAGGCAACACGGUGGCGUUACGGUGUGUGUUGUUGCCUCAAUUUGAUACAUAAACUCGUGCUUUCAUCAUCAACAUAGGUGUGUUCACAUGACAUCAUUCAAAGCCUAAUGUUGAAAACCACUUUGUGUUGGAAUCAUUCUUCUUACAUCGUCAGCCAUCACCUGUUGCUCAUAUAUUCACUACAUCAAAUAUAUAUUUCCAUAUCCGACAUUUAACACAUUUUUUUGUAAAUUUCAGGUAAUUUUUUUUCUUUUUUUUUUUUUUUUUAUUCACAGUUCACAUACCAAUCAGCCAGGAGUUUAUAUCACCGAUAAUAACUUUCUCUUCAGAAUUGUAUACAUUAUCAAUACGCACGUGACUUGGUGUGUCACAAAAACACAAUGGUACAUGUGCUGCCUCCGACAUUGACCUGCGGUACAACCUUCACCCUCCUCAUCGUAAUCAAACCUCAGCAAAGUUCUCAUCAUCCAACUGCACUUUACAGUGUUUGUCGGUCUGGUACUUUAAAGCUUCCUGAUGCCGGGUAGUACAGCGGUCCUGUGGAAAAGUAGCAGUUGGUUGGUGGAUUGGAUAGAAAAGUUAGUGUCAGAGUCUGCUUUGAUUGUUUGUGUGUCUUUUUAUUUUUGUUUGUUGAUUAAAAACCUCAAUUUUUGCUCACUUCACAUUUUUGGCUGUAAAACCACAGGAUUUAGGGAUGUUACCAAAACGGAUAGCAAAGCAUCUUGUGUGAGUUUGGCUCAGAAAUAUGUCUGGAAAUGUAUCGAGUUCAAUCAAGUUGUUUUAAAAUAAUGAUUCUGUCCACAUGCUCAAAGGGAAAAAAAAGACAAUUGCCACCCUGUAACAGUCUAACUAGCCCCAAGUAUUUUCCAAGUCAAAUGUACAUGUGUGAAUUUUAACAACACGGUCAGUAAACAUUUAACUCCAACGUUUGGCACUUCAUCACACCGUUCACUGUUCUGUUUUUAAUUUUUUUUUUUUUCAGUCUUAGAAAAAUAGCGUAAGCUUCAUUUGUUGAGCUUAGAUUGUAUAGAUUUUAAAGAAAGUGGUUGAAAAGUUGAAAGCAAGUUGGAAAACAAGGAAUGCAUUUUUAAUGUUUUUUUGUUUGUUUUUUUUUUAGCACUUUUGUCUCCAGGUUGUUUUUAAUGUUGCCCAUUGUAUGUUGACAUCAUGGUGCUUCUGCCAGGACCACGGGAGUUGGCCAACAUUUGGUUGCACUCCUGUGAGCUUGUUUUCUACUUUGACUGCUUGUGUAAUCAGAUGGACGUGUACAGGCCAUCCAGCUGCCACCAUAAGCUGUUGUAACUCAUCAAUGCUGUUUUUUUUCCUCGAUUUGUUCAAUAUAAAG